GCGUCUGGCUUUCCUCCCCACAGCUCUGCGAGGAGGGGGCCGCGGCAAGGGAGACGCGUCGGGAGUGAAGGAUGCGCGAGCCGGGGACACCUCGCGCCAGAGCUGCAGAGUGCCCGCGCUGUGCCCGCCCGCCGCCCGCGCUCUCCCCGCUCUCCCCGUCUGCAUCCGGCCACCCAGGGGCGCGCACACGCUGCCGGCGGCUCCCGGGCUCCAGGAGGGCAGACCGCAGGGCCUCAGUGGCGGGAGCCAGGAGCCGGUGAGGCCAGGUCUCCGGGGCGCCCGGAGCAGCCUCGGCUGCCUGCUCUCCUCGCCACAAGGAGACACUGCAGGGAGCAGGCAGAGCUUUUCCUGCAGCUGGCGGGGACCUGCCGGGGCCGGAGCUCUCCCGCCAGCCUGCCCUGGAGGAGCAGCAUCGCCGCAGGCUCUGCCCUUUCCAGGUGGCGCCCAAGAAGGCAGAGGGGGCCGCGUACCCAUCGUCCCUCCCAGACGCGAGGAAAGGACUCCUGGCGGGCAAAACUUCGGUUUCCCUGUGCGUCUAACUCUGGGGUGUGCAAGAUCUGCUAGACCAUAGAGGGUUUCAUUUUUCACUUGCUUGGUGUUCGAGAAAAGCUGCACGGAGUGAGUGGUAAGAGGAAGAAGCAUUAUAAACUCUGGGAGUGGGGGACACCUUCUUGGAAGUGACAGGUAGCCUCAGACCUGCGGUUCCAGGGCCAGUGACAACGUCCUUGGCUCAGACACUCUGAAGGAUCUGGACGCUGCCACAUGACCCACACCAAAGACCCCAGGAGAGCCAUGGAACCCACGCUGGCGCCAUCCAGUUCUGCCACGGGCCCGGUCACCUUCUCCCACGUCUUUGGUCAGCAGUGCCAGCUCAUGGAAGCAGCUGUGCAGUCCCUGCACACCCUAAAUGACCAGAUAUCCCAUUUUAUCGUCACCAAGUCGAAGGCCCUGGAGGAAGACAAGGACCCCUUCCUACCCGCUGAGAAGGAGACUCUGAAGAGUUCCAUGAUACUGAUGAGGCAUCUCCUAAUGGACGCACAGGCCAAAAUCCUGAGCAUGAUGGAAGACAAUAAGCAGCUCGCGCUCCGCAUCGAUGGGGCGGUCCAGUCGGCCAGCCAGGAGGUGACCAACCUGCGAGCCGAACUCACGGCCACCAACCGGAGACUGGCGGAACUGAGCGGCGGCGGCGGCCCCGGCCCGGGCCCGGGAGCGGCGGCCAGCGCCUCGGCGGCGGCGGCGGACUCGGCGGCGGCGAACAUGGAGAACCACCAGCACGGCGCGCAAGUGCUCCUGCGGGAAGAAGUGGCUCGGCUCCAGGAGGAGGUCCACCUUCUCCGCCAGAUGAAGGAGAUGUUGACGAAGGACCUGGAGGAGUCCCAGGGCGGCAAGUCCUCCGAGGUCCUCUCGGCCACCGAGCUCCGGGUCCAGCUGGCCCAGAAGGAGCAGGAGCUAGCCAGAGCCAAAGAAGCCUUGCAGGCCAUGAAAGCCGACCGGAAGCGCCUGAAGGGCGAGAAGACGGACCUGGCCAGCCAGAUGCAGCAGCUGUACGCCACGCUGGAGAGCCGCGAGGAGCAGCUGCGCGACUUCAUCCGCAACUACGAGCAGCACCGCAAGGAGAGCGAAGAUGCCGUCAAAGCCCUGGCAAAGGAGAAGGACCUGCUGGAGCGUGAGAAGUGGGAGCUGCGGCGCCAAGCCAAGGAGGCCACGGACCAUGCCACGGCGCUGCGCUCCCAGCUGGACCUCAAGGACAACCGGAUGAAGGAGCUGGAGGCCGAGCUGGCCAUGGCCAAGCAGUCCUUAGCCACACUGACCAAGGACGUCCCCAAGCGGCAUUCGCUGGCCAUGCCGGGCGAGACGGUGCUCAACGGCAACCAGGAGUGGGUGGUGCAGGCGGACCUCCCGCUGACCGCGGCCAUCCGGCAGAGCCAGCAGACUCUCUACCACUCACACCCUCCCCACCCUGCAGACCGGCAAGCGGUCAGGGUGAGCCCCUGCCACUCCCGGCAGCCCUCUGUCAUCUCCGACGCGUCUGCCGCCGAAGGCGACCGGUCGUCCACGCCAAGCGACAUCAACUCCCCUCGGCACCGGACACACUCCCUCUGCAACGGCGACAGUCCCGGCCCAGUACAGAAGAACCUGCACAACCCCAUUGUACAGUCACUAGAGGAUCUUGAAGACCAAAAACGGAAAAAGAAGAAAGAAAAGAUGGGAUUCGGCUCCAUCUCGCGCGUCUUCGCCAGAGGGAAGCAGCGGAAGUCCCUCGACCCCGGCCUCUUUGAUGAUUCGGACAGCCAGUGCAGCCCCACACGGCAGAGCCUCAGCCUGUCGGAGGGGGAGGAGCAGAUGGACCGGUUGCAGCAGGUGGAGCUGGUCAGGACCACCCCCAUGGCCCACUGGAAGGCCGGCACCGUCCAGGCCUGGCUGGAGGUGGUCAUGGCCAUGCCCAUGUACGUCAAGGCCUGUGCGGAGAACGUGAAGAGCGGGAAGGUGCUGCUGAGCCUGAGUGACGAGGACCUGGAGCUGGGCCUGGGCGUGUGCAGCUCCCUGCACCGGCGGAAGCUCCGGCUGGCCAUCGAGGACUACCGCGACGCUGAGGCGGGCAGGAGCCUGUCCAAAGCCGCUGACCUGGACCAUCACUGGGUGGCCAAGGCCUGGCUGAAUGACAUCGGGCUGUCCCAGUACUCUCAGGCCUUCCAAAACCACCUGGUGGACGGGCGAAUGCUGCACUCCCUGAUGAAACGGGACCUGGAGAAACACCUGAAUGUGUCCAAGAAGUUCCACCAGGUCAGCAUCCUGCUGGGGAUCGAGCUGCUGUACCAAGUGAACUUCAACAGGGAGGCCCUCCAGGAGCGCCGCGCCCGCUGCGAGACACAGAACAUAGACCCCGUGGUCUGGACCAACCAGCGGGUGCUCAAGUGGGUGCGGGACAUUGACCUGAAGGAGUAUGCGGACAACCUGACCAACAGUGGCAUCCACGGUGCUGUGUUGGUGCUGGAGCCCACGUUCAACGCCGAGGCCAUGGCUACCGCCCUGGGCAUCCCCAGUGGGAAGCACAUCCUCCGAAGGCACCUGGCAGAGGAGAUGAGCGCUGUCUUCCACCCAGCCACCUCCUCAGGCAUCCGGGAGGCUGAGCGUUUCGGGACACCCCCAGGGAGGGCCUCCAGCAUCACGCGGGCGGGGAAGGAGGAGAACAGCGGUGGCGGUAUCAAGUACAAGGCUGGCCGGCUGCCCCUGGGGAAGAUAGGAAGGGGCUUCAGCAGCAAAGACCCCGACUUUCAUGAUGACUAUGGCUCUCUUCAAAAUGAAGACUGUGGAGAUGAUGACCCCCAGGGCAGGUCAGAGCAGUGCCGUCUGGAAGGCUACAACGGCCUCGAGGUCACCAACGUGUAAGGAAUGGAUUCCCCGCCAGACCCAGCACGAACACACCCACCAAGGACGAGUAUCCAGAUGCUGUCUCCACUGUACAUAGGGACCGCGGGCCGAGGAUACUCCUCUACUCCUGGGCAAAACCCCAGCAGACGGGAGCUCCAGGGAACAAGGUGGCUCUAGUCUGCCUGUCUCGAGCAGGCUGUGGACCUUCCAGCUCGGUGGAAAGACCUGUCGACCCAGCCUCUCUGUAACCCAGGCUCCACCUCAGAGCAACUGUCAGCCAGUGAGCAGUCCAGGCGGUCCCUGGAGCCUUGAACGGAGCUGCCAAGAGGGAAGGAGGCCGGCGGUUCCCCAAAACACCCUUCCAGAAGGAGCAGGCGGGACUCCAAUCAGACACGCAGAGCCCAGCACUGGCAGUGUAAGGAGCCAGCAAAGCCUGAGGCUGACCAGUGGUUCCUUCUGGCCAGCCUGGGGGAGCUCUUGGCUCCAGUCCCCGUAUCCCCGAUGACCGAGAACUCCGGUUCUGACUUGGGUCACUGAAUCUCUCUUGGGAGAACGCAAAAUGGGAUGGUCAUUCCCUUCCAUCCUAAAAGCCGUGUGUCACACGGGGUGGACACGUAGAAUGGCUGUUUGCUUUCUCCUCUCAUGAGUGGCUGCUCUGGGCAGGUGGAGGCAGGUGGGUGAUCAGGGAGGGGUGGGGCUUAGCAGCAAAGUUUCCAGGAAAUGCAGAUUUCCUGUCAUUGGGAUAAAGGAUAUCCUGAGGAUAGGACCAGGGAGGAUGGACUUAGAUCAGUGACAACCAGCUAUGACAGUGGGUUUGGGAUUGGAAGCAGGGAAAUGCUUGUCACUGUUGACCCAACAACGGUGACACUUGGUUGUGACGUCUCAGUCACCUGAAACAGGUGUGCUUCCCAGCGCCCUCCCUGAGACGAACCUUGCAGAGCAAAGUCAUGAAGGUGGUGGACGGAACCCCCAGCCCUUUGCCUGACUCUGCCACUGUUCUGCUGUGUGACUUCUUCCCGGUGGCCUCACCUCUCUGUGCCUCAACGUCUUCAUCUACAGUACUCCUGGCUCCCUCCCAGGGACGUCAUGAGAAUUAACACUUGCUAAUGUCUGUAACACACUUUGUAACCUCUCAGGAGACAGGUGGGAAGGUAUGGGGACAGAAGGAAGCGCCCAAUUUCCCAUUCACGACCCAGAACAGACAUUGAACGGGUCCUCUGCCGCUGUGUUCUGGUUGGGGCCAUGUGCAAAAGGAGGACAAGGAAUGCCUACCAUUCAGACUCUCUAGAGCCCCCGUAGGGCUUGACCAAAGAGAGAGGGGAAAAGCCUAUGUUACACCACCCUGGAAAACCAGUCUGAUUCAUGUGUUCAGGCUUGAGCCUGCUGACCUUGGCGCUGAGUGAUGAUUUGGGAGGACCAAGAUGCAUUGGGUUUCUACUGAUGCUUGAGUUGUCAGAAUCAUCUGGGGGGAUCACAACACUGAAGCCAUUCGCCCAAGAGUCACGAGAGGUCUGAAUUUCCAAGACUCGGUCGGACAGGUAAGUAUCCGCCUCUGAGAACCGUCAAAGCCCACAUUCUUCAACCCAAUGAACUGUUCGCCCUCCUAGGAAAAGCCUCCACCAAGGCGUGAUGAACUUGAGAAUGACUCCUCCCCAGGGCUGACGACCAUGGUUUUUUCUCUGACCUUAAGAUAAGCACAGCUUUUCUUGCCCCUGGAAACCAAACGCCUGGCUGGUGGACAGGUGGAUGGCCCCUGCCAUUCGUCUGAAUGUUUAGCCUCCGAGGGUCACAUCUCCGACUCCAGGGCCUGAGGGAGAAGCUCCGGUAUCUACCUUAGCUUUGCUGGGGUUCCGAACCCCAGGAUCCGCAUGACAUGCAGACGCACAAGGCACCUGAAGAUGCAGAGCCCACAGCCAGGAUGGGGUGGGGGGGCUCCCCUCUAACCUGAUGCCUCAGGUCCCUCCCAAGCCAGCAUCCAGGCUGGGCGACCCAGGACCCCAGGAUCUGCCUCUUUCAAGCCAGGCGGGAAAUGACUGCCACGGGAUGAGGAAAGGGGGCACAAGGGGGCCCGCGUGCAGCUCUGAAGCUUUAAAGCCAACGUUGGCCCGAGUUGUCAGACAUGAAGCUGAUGCUCCCCUCCCCCAUUCAUUCCCAUAGGGGAUAAGAUGGGCAAGUGGACAAUUUGGGGGGUCACUGGCGGGGAUGGCACUGCCCCCCCACCCAAUUUGCAGCAUCAGGCCAGCAGGUCUGGGGCAACGCGAGCAACGUUGAAAGCACCUUCUGGGCCCAGUGGUACAUUCUCUCCCAGCCCACGGCCCCAUCCUUUGCAGCCAGAGGAGCGUUUGGAACCGGUUUUUCCCACAAGGACAGGUCGGCUGAUAAACGAACAACCUCCACACACAGUCAAAUCCGGUGGCCUUUGUCUGCUGAAGAGAAAACCCCAAACAUCCGCUCUGCUUCAGGGGUGGGCAGGACUGAGCGGAGAGAUUCUGGGAGCAAUCGGACUCCGGCUGGCAGAGCGGCCACGGACGGAACGGUGACCCGCCACCGCCUGUCCACAGGGCCCGAGGUGUGGUCUUAGGGCUUCCAGACCUGGGAAUGCUUCUUGGAGAGGUGUCCUCAGUGCCCACGGGUACUAGCCCCUUUAAAAGAGGUAGUUGGUGCCAAAGGUUGGGGAGAACCAGAGUAAGCAGAGGCAUCCUGUAUUUCUGCGAGAAGCUAGGGACCCGAGCCCUCGGAAGGCACCUGCCCGGCAGACUCUGAGCCUUUCUCCUAAAAACCUGUCAUCAGGGCCCAGGCUAUAAGAGGCAGGAAGAAGCUGCAAGAAAACCUGGACCAGAUGCGGGAGAAGGGAAGGGGCCUCUGCACGGCCCAGCCGGCAUGGAGGGGGCCCGGGGAGGGAGAGCGCAGAACAGUGACCCCACAUCUUGAGGUCCCUCAACAGGGCUCCAUGUGGUUGAACGGGAAGAUUCGGCAGGACGAGAUUUCAGUAUCUGCUGUGGGGGACCCCGGAACCCUCUAUGGAUCCAAGCCUAGCCCUCCCACCAUCUGGCAAAAAGCAUAUGUCCGGGCACUGUCUCUUCUACGCUGCUCUUCCAGGCUCCAGCGGGCUCCCAGCAGCGGAGGAGCAAAAAGCCAGGGGACACAGCAGCUUCCGAAGCCAGCAUUAUUGCCAACGGCUGGCUGGCAAGAAGAACUUCCCAACACAGAGGCAGCUUGUGGCUGCACAGAGGACGAGUUAUCCGUGAGCAGAGAUGAUGCCCCUGGCCUUUCCGUGCCUGGUCACGGCCCCGUGUCUUCCCAGGAGUGAAUUUUAACCCUGUAACAAUAAAUACUACUGCACAGCGCUUUACUGA